AUGGGAGAGAAACAACAAUGGUCAAACGACCAUCUAAAAUGCUUAUUAGAGACUUGCAUUGAAGAGAUACACACGGUGGGUAGAAAAGGCUUGAGUUUGCAUAAAGACUCGUGGAAUAAAUUAGGAAAAGUUCUUAAGGAAAAGUUUGGCUUGGAUUUAACACAAAAACAAAUGAAGAAUGCAUAUGAUAAUCUAAAAGCCAAAUACGGGCAUCCGAAGGCUGCAUCAUUGAAGACAGUUCCAUUGCCUUUUCCAGAACUUUGUGCAGAAUUGUUUGAUGGAAAUUCUGCCACUUUAAAUUGCAAGUGGACCUCAACCCAAACAACAUCCGGGGUUGGAUCUUCUUGUUAUCGUGUCCAAUCGCUUAUGAUUAUGGACACCCAUUAUCAUGACACACAAGAUGAUGCCGGCACUUCUGAGCCUACUCCAGAGCCUACUCAAGAGCCCACUUCUGAGCCUACUUCCGAGCCCACUUCCGAGCCCACUUAUGAGCCUAAUCCAAACAAAAGGGCCAAAACCUCAAAAUCAUCUAUUAACCAUGAUGAUUUAGCACGUGAUAUGCAGAAGGCUCUACAAGUUUUGAUUAAAGGCAAAGAAGGGCCAACAGUUUGUGAGUGUUCUGAGAAGUUAAAGUUGGUUGGGUUAGACCCGGUAGAUCCUAUAUUCUUAGCUGCUUUUCACAUUUUUGGGGUGUCCUCUGACAUGAGAGAGGCGUGGAUGGCAUUGCCAGAAAUUCCCGAGGUCUUAAGAGGGUGGAUCGGAAUGACUACAUUGUUCAUAAUGGAUUAUAAUAAGAAAUUACUUCUCGUUAUUCUUAAGUACUUUAAACAAGAUUUAUAUAAAGGAAGAGGAAAAGGAGAUUGUUAUCAAAACAUAUUAGCAAUUUGUGACUUCAACAUGAUUUUUACGUUCGUCGUGGCCGACUGGGAAGGUGUAGCACAUGAUGCAAGAAUAUUAUCAGAGGCAUUAUCAGAUCCAGAUGCACCAUUCCCGUUUCCACCACAAGACAAGUAUUAUCUUUGUGAUGCCGCGUAUGCACACAUACGGGGAUUUAUGGCUCCAUAUCAUAAUGUGAGGUAUUGGCUAGGAGAUUUUCGCCGAAGACGUGCAUUGACUAAUAAAGAGAAAUUUAACCAUGCUCAUGCAAAACUUCGGAACGUAAUUGAGCGUGCUUUUGGUGUCUUGAAAGCAAGAUUCCCUAUUUUGAAGAGGAUGGCACCAUUUCCAUUGGUUACACAAAGGAACAUUACCAUUGCAUGUUUCGCGCUACAUAAUUUUAUAAGGAAAGAGGGUUUGAGCGAUGAAUUGUUUACAGAAUACGAUCAACCCAAUGUUUCGGUGCAUAAUAGGCAAGUGCACGUUAAUGCUGGUGAAGACGAGGUUGAAGCACAUGGUACUACAUCGGAUCGAGAAUAUAUAAAUCAGUUACGAGAUGAGAUUGCUGAGCAGUUAAUGCAAAGCACGGAUACAAUGCUUUAA